AUGACUUCUAAAUAUAUCUCUUUCUUUUAUUCUCCUCUCUCUCUCUCUCUCUCUCUCUCUCUCUCUCUCUCAGAUGGUCAGUUAUCAGUGUGCUCCAUAGACCUCCUCAAGUCCAAAUCAGGCCAAAACCGCCUGGAGCAUCACACGGACCGUUACCAAAGUGAUAACCUCAUCAUCCGUCGAGGGCAGAGCUUUCAGAUGUGGAUCGAGCUCUCACAAGCUUUUGAGCCCAAAUCUGACAAACUAACCCUCGAGUUCAAGCUAGGCCUUCUUCCAGCGUUAUCAAAAGACACCCUAGUGACUGUUCCUGUGGUCGACAAGUUAGAGAACAAUAGCUGGGAGGCCAAGAUUAUCGAACAGAAAGACACCAGGAUAAAACUGUCCGUCAACACCUCUCCAACUGCUCCCAUUGGUCGUUAUGAGCUCAGUGUGAAAACAUGGACCCCAAAAGGAAGUAACACAUAUCUUCGCAAGCCUGAAAAUGAUAUUUACCUGCUGUUUAACCCCUGGUGUGAAGAUGACUCGGUGUUUAUGGAUAAAGAGGACGAGAGGAACGAGUAUGUUCUGAACGAUGUGGGAACACUCUACCUUGGAAGUGACAGUCAGAUUUCAUCCAGAACCUGGAUCUUUGGACAGUUUGCUGAUGGGAUUCUCGCAGCAUGUCUGUUCAUACUGGAGAAGAGUCAAGCACGUGCUUCAGGUUGGGGAGAUCCCGUUAAUAUUGUCAGACUUGUGUCAACCAUGGUCAACUCUCCUGAUGACCAAGGUGUGUUGGAAGGGAACUGGUCGAGUAACUAUGCGAACGGGACGUCGCCAACGUUGUGGAACGGCAGUGUGGAAAUUCUGAGGGAGUACCACAGAACUGAAGGAAAGCCUGUUAAAUACGGCCAGUGCUGGGUCUUUGCAGGGGUCACCAGCACGGUUCUCAGGUGUUUAGGCAUUCCCACCCGCAGUAUCACAAACUUCAGCUCUGCCCACGACACUGACGUUUCCUUGACGACCGAUUUGUAUCUUGAUGAGAAAUGGAGGCCCAUUGAAAGCCUCAAUAAUGACUCAAUUUGGAAUUUUCAUGUGUGGAAUGAGUCCUGGAUGGCCCGGCCUGAUCUACCAUUAGGCAUGGGGGGUUGGCAGGUGGUGGAUGCCACACCUCAAGAGACAAGUCAGGGCACGUUCUGCUGUGGUCCUGCUCCUGUGGCAGCCAUCCGUGAUGGACUGGUCUAUCUCAAAUACGAUGCUCCCUUUGUCUUUGCUGAGGUGAAUAGUGACAGGAUCUUCUGGCAGAGACAAGCUGAUGGCACCUUCACUCAGAUCUUCUCUGAGAAGAACGUUGUGGGCCGCUACAUCAGCACCAAGGCAGUCGGUUCUGACCGCAGAGUGGACAUCACACACCUCUACAAACACCCAGAAGGAUCUGAAGCCGAACGAAUUGCCGUGGAAACUGCUUCCCUCUACGGUUCCAAGCCUAAAAUCUACUCCCAUGCUGUGGUCGAGGAUGUCAAAUUACAGGUUGCCGUUGAAGGGGAGGGGCCGUGGGUGGGUGAAGAUGCUCAGCUGUCCUUCACCGUGAAUAAUGGAAGCUCUGCAAAGCGCAGUAUCAAGCUCUACUGCCAAGUGGCGAUCAUGUACUAUACUGGAGUGCUAAAGGACACAGUGAAGAAGGAUGAAAUAGCGGUGAAGCUCAAACCCAACAAAGUCCAGACACUAAAGUGGACCGUUCCUUACAACUUGUACAAGGACAAGCUGGUGGACCAGGCGGCGCUGAUGCUCACCGUGACUGGACGAGUCAGUGAGACCAAGCAGGUUCUGGCUACCAGGUUCAACUUCCGCCUGCGGACGCCCGACAUCAUCCUCACUCCUGCAGGACACGCUGUGGUGGGGAGAGAGAUGGAGACAAAAAUCACAUUUAAGAAUCCACUGGCAUGUGUCCUGACGAAAGUCACGUUCCAAAUCGAGGGCUUGGGCUUGCUGAACGCAAAAAACAUCCUCUACGGUGACGUGGGCAGUCUGGCGACCAUCACGCUGACGGUGAAGUUUACUCCCACCUUAUCUGGUCUGCGGAAGCUUCUCGUCUCUCUGGACUGUCAGCAGCUCACACACGUUCACGGUGUUGCCGACAUCCUCGUCAAGGAGAAGUGAAACGUCACAAGAAUGCAAACUCAAAUGCACUAAUACAACACACUCAUCCCCUUUCUACCUGGACACUUGCACAAUUGAAUGUUUUCUCUAGUAAAACCUGUAAGAUUACCAGCUGAUGAGCUGAAUCAGGUGUGUUAGAACAAUUGGCAGAAAAGAGCCCAGAUCAACUGCAACCGAAUAUAAAUUCAGAUCAUUUAUGUGCCUUCCUGUAUGUUUUUUUCCUGGACUAAAAAUCCAUUUUGAAGCAAUUCAUAACAUUAAUGCUUAAUAUCCAUGUUAUACAUUUUGUUGAUUAGAGUAUCCUGAGCAUUAUAUUUAGUAUAAUGCUUAUAUGUUGGUCUUCUUUACUUAUCUUGCUACAUCCUUCUAAUCUGUUUGGCACUGAAAUACAUUAUUCUGCUAAUUAAUAAACCAAAAAAAAAAGGAUCUGCAAGCAUGUGCAAAAUCUUUCCCAAAGUCUGAUUUGCUGAAGUUAUAGGUAAUAUAAGUUUCAUAUAUAAUGUAUAUAAGAUUAUAAUAAGGAAAUGAAAAUAUAAGGAUGUUGGGGCGAUGGAGGUGUGAAGUGAAAUGCUUAU